UUAAGAUAUCUAACCUAAAAUUAAAGCAAAUUAUAUACGAGUAUUAACGCAAAGUAUCUGCAUACAUACCAUGUCGUAUAGUCCUUAAGGGCAUGCGUUCCAAUGAAUUUACAACACAUUUUUUGAGCUAAAAAUAACUUUUUGGGCGAAUUAAACAAACAAGCAGCCAAAGUCAACAAAAAUUACCAAGCGCACCGCGACGCUGCCGCAAAGCAGCAAGCAAGCGACCCGAAAAAAAAUUCCAAAACCCAAAAGCUACUUUGAUAAGUAAAGCCAGCAAAAAAAAAAAAAAAACAAAUACUAAAAAGAAGAUAAAUUUCUAAUUAACAAUCUCCAAGUAAAAAAUUAUAAAAUUUUCGAACCCAUUAUGUGGCAAAGCUGGCAUAAAAACUGGUUGUAUUAAUUAAAACUCAGUUUGAAAAUAACACUUUGUAAAACAAAACGCGUAAAAUAAUUUGCAAAUUCAAUAAAGAAUUAAUCUUAAAUAAAUAAUAUACAAAGAAGCCAUUUUUUUCAACUGAAAAAACGCCCGUCAGUAAAGAAAAUACGCACCGUGGUGCACCACACGCAAACAAAAUACCAGAUAGCUCGCUGAAAAUCCAUACCAAAAACCCAUAAGCAGCGUGAAUACACAGCUUCGCAUAAUUCAAACUGUGUAGAGCCACCCAAACAUACCUACUUACCAUACCAUACCAUACUACCAGCGCAGCACACAACGUACCGGCAUUAAUACUGUAGCGCAAGUACAACGACGCAUGCAGCAUACGCACGCACAGAUACAACUACACAGCAUUGAAGCAGCAGCAGCGCCAAAUAUUUUAUAAAAUAAAUAUCUUCUAUAUUGCUGUGAGCCUGCCGUGUGGUGUAGCGCCUAAGUCCCGCAUAUACACACACAGAAGUAUUAGAAAAGCAGCAACAACUGACAACCAACAAUCGACAACCGCCAGUAAGGACGACAGCGACGACCCCUUCGAGGCUGCAGCAAAAAGUAAUAACAACAGCAGCAGCAUCAAAAGCAGGAGCUCCAACCAGCCGCUAAUAUCAUUAGAAGACGAAGACAAAGUACGAAGAAAAAGGCGAACGGCACAAAUAGAGCAGCGGGUGUCACAGCAGGGAGUCGCACUGACGGUGCCGAAUUAAAAUACGAAGAAACUCUUAACCAAUUUUAAUGACGAUUUUUAAGAACAUGAGCGCCACACUUUCCAUUAAUCAAAAGCACUUGAGCGUCAAUGAGGAGCAUUUCGGUGGCGUUGGAGAGCGACAUCGUUCUAGAUCGGAACGCGCCUCCAGUUUGGCGCUACCGCACAACUCCCUCUUGGAUUUCUAUGAUAAAGAGCAAGAACAAUGCAAUUCCGUGGCAUUAUUACCGACCAAUAUAAAUGUAGUUGUGCGCCGGCAUUCAUCACACUACUAUCCAAUGCUGGAAGAGAAGCAGCAGCAGCUGCAGCAGCAGCAGCAACAGCAGCACCAGCAUCAGCACCAGCAGCAGCACCAACAACAGCCGGUGAAAAUACAUUCACAAAUGCAAAUGCAGAGUAGGCAAUUGCCAACAAUGGCUACAGCCGGAGGCGUACCAUCACCACCACAAACAGCAACAUUGCCCAUGGCCAUUCCCCAGUUGCCGCAAUACAAUUAUAAUCAUAAUAAAGCCGGUCAAUUGGCGUUGCAAGAUAUCCAAUCGAUGUCAUCAUUGCCGCUUUCAAACCUUGUGAAUGGUAAAGAGAAAAAAGUUUUCACUUACAAUACGGUGACCAGCGGCGUCAUCAAAAACCAACAACCACCUAACUUAGCCAACACAACAGCCCAAUCGGCAUUGGCUGCCGCCCAAACUGCUGUUGCGCCCGAUACACCCCCACCACCCGUACCGAAACGCACGUUUCGCGGUAGUUACGCUUGGAAUACAGCAAUUGAAUCGCCCACGCCCACGUCCGCAAACCAAACACCGACCAAAGAUAAACAACAUAUCAGUGCUGGCACCGCAUUUGUUUAUCCACCGCAAACACAAACCCUUUCACCCGGACAUCGCCUACAGCAUCAGCAGCAGCAGCAACAGCAUCAGCAUCAGCAGCAGCAUCAGCAGCACCAUCAACAGAGUCACACAGUUUAUUACAACACAGGCAGCAAUUCUUUGGACACGGCAGCCCAAAUACAAAUACAAAAUCAAUUGCAAUCACAAACGCAAUCUCUGCUUGUUGACCUGGCCACACGUUCUUUGUAUGGGGAUGCUGGUUUGGAUGCCGAUGGUAUUUCAGAUGAUGAUCGCAUGAGUUUGGAAAAUUCUGUGUUUGAUGAGUCGUUGACUUCGACACCUAUCAAGGUCGCAGCGAAAGCAGCAACGGAAGACAACAACGGUGGUGGCAAGUUAUCGGCAAGAACACUGGUUGCUUUUAGUGGUGAAUUGAGUAGCGCCGCAAAGCGUGCUAAUCGCUCGUCGAGCAGCACGGCUGACUCUAUAAUAUCAUCGGGUUACGGUUCGGGGCAUAGUGAGCGUUUUGCCUCCACCUCAACGAACGCAGACUUUCGCAGUCGUUUCUCAUCCGUUGACACUCAGUCAUCCAUGGACAGUUGUCUUACAGAGAAGACAAACGAAUCUUCACUCUCUAAGGAUUCCAUGAAAAUGGAACGUACAUUGCUUAAUGAUGCUAUGAAUGAUUUUAAUGUCAUAAAUAAUAAUGAGACACGCAAUCAUAUCGGUUGUAAUGCAUUGGCCAACAACAAUAAUAUAUUACCUAAUAAUCGUCAAAUUACGAAUGAGACUGCGCAAACUGUUAAUGGUUUGAUGCAACAGAAACCACCCGUUGUCCCAAGCCGUAAACAGUAUGCCGAUGUAAUAAAAAUUCCACCUCCCUGUAGUCAAACCAGCUCACAACAGUCAUUGCAAAGUACCGGCUGCGGUAGCGGUGGCGGUAGUGUGGGCAGCAGUAAUGCCGCCUCAACGGUUUCGGCCUCCACAUCCACCUCAUCCACAGUGUCUGCUGGUUCAGGCACCUCCACCGGUUCGCUGCUAUCGGGCUCGGCUACUACAUCCAACAAUGCCAUUUCACCACUCUCACAAAACGCAGCAAUUAUUUAUCAACAACCGAAACGUUCAGUACCGCCAAUACCACCAACACGCGGUCAACUCAGUUUUGAACAGAAUACUAACAAUUCCACACAGGUUGAAUCAUCCACAACAAUGGCAUCAUCGAAGCCGCCGCCACCGGUGAGCAUUCGUAAUAAACUAUCAAAAAAUAGGCCACCACCAAUCGUGUACCCGAAACUACAUCAACGACAAGACUCAAAUUUAUCCAGUGACAGUUUUUCCGUCACUUCUAGCCCUGGCUACAAUUCGAAGAAUCUAAUGGAUGUGCCACUACUUCAGAACGCAUCACGUAUUAAUAAGAGCGGACCGGGUGUGGGUGUUCGACAGCAAGACUCGGCGAACGCCUUUGAUAUUAAUAGUUCGAGAUUUGCUGCUUUGUCAGCUGUCGGUAUGGGCAAUCCUAUUUUACCACCCCCUCGUAACAAAUAUAGCUGCCGUCAAGAUUCUAAUAUAUCAAGUGAUAGCUUCAGUCAAACUUCCAGUCCCAGUUACAAUACAAAACAAAUGGAAGCACCAUUAAUACCCUCGCUCUCUGUAAAAAGGUUGUGCGGCGUUCCAGCGCCAAUUGUUUAUAAACAUAAACUACAAAAUGAAACCAUCGAAGAGAUGGAACAAUCGGUUCCUAUGUCACCACUUACUAAAUGCGUGUCCACGCCAGCUAGCUUACAAACAAUUGUACGUUUCCAAAAUGGGGCGCCAAAUACAAUGUCGCUACAGCAUCAGCAGAUUUUACCGCCACGCAAAAAUUGCAUUUCCAGUUAUGCGCGCCAAGUGGGAAGAUCUCGUUGUUGUCACUAUUUGUUGAACGUAAUUAUUAUUAUUGCCGUCGCUGGCUGUAUAAUGGCAUACUACAGAGCCUAUCCAACUAUAAAAUUAGUCAAUACAACUAUAAUAAACACCGUCCAUGUAGGGGGAAAUUCAACUUAUGAUCGGAAUCCUGCACCGGGGACAUGCUUACCAAUUAUCGUGAAGUUUUGCCAAGGUCCACAGAUACCGUACAAUUACACCGUAUUUCCGAAUUAUAUUGGACAUUUCGGACAGCUGGAGACGCAAGUGGAUUUAGAUGCCUACGAUGCGUUGGUAGAUGUUCGCUGUUACGAAUUAGUUUCCUUAUUCCUCUGUACAUUGUUCGUACCGAAAUGCGGUUCGACUGGCGCAACAGUUCCGCCCUGUAAGACUCUCUGUACGGAGACAAUGAGGCGUUGUGGUUUCUUCUUCGACGUAUUCGGUCUCAGUUUGCCCGAGUAUUUGAAUUGUAAAUUGUUUAAAGAUUUCGAAAAUCCGGAAGAUUGUGUUGGCCUCGAUCAGGUGCGUGAAGUGAUGAUAGCAUCAACGAAUCCGAAAUGCGAUGGUUUUCAAUGUGAUCAAAAUCGUUGUUUGCCCAAGGAAUACGUAUGCGAUGGGCAUUUGGAUUGCAAUGAUCAAACGGAUGAGGCGAAGUGUGAGCGUUGUCGAAAGGAUGAGAUUUUUUGUGGCGAGGAUCGUUGUAUUGGCAUAAAUCAUGUGUGCGAUGGUGUAAUCGAUUGUCCUUACGGGCAGGAUGAGCGAAAUUGUAUUCGUUUAAGUGAACGUAAUGGCGAUUUAGGCAAAGGCAUGCUGGAAUUUUAUCGCAUAAGCACUCAAAUGUGGACGCCUGCUUGUGUUAAGAACUGGGAUCGUGCUGUCUCACCUUCGGCUGUGUGUUCUAUGUUGGGUUAUAGUGCUGUGAAUUCCACCAGUGUGGUAACGCUGAAGACGCAUCGUUCACUUAUGGCAUCCAUAAAUGUUUCUACCGACAUUUGGAAUAUGUAUGCAAAGAAACAUUCAAAUAUGAUGAAAGAAUUCGCCAGUUGUUCACCGGAUGAGGAUUACCCAGUUGCUGAGCUAACAUGCGCAAAUUACGAAUGUGGUAAAGUAAAACGUGGUCGUCACAAACCGUCGCGACGCAUUAUUGGCGGCGCCCACGCCACACCCGGUACAUGGCCAUUUUUAGCUGCAAUUUUGGGUGGACCAGAAAAAAUAUUCUACUGCGCUGGCGUAUUGAUUUCCGAUCAAUGGGUGUUGACGGCCUCACAUUGUAUAGGAAAUCACACCGUGAUCGAUCUAGAAGAUUGGACCAUACAACUUGGCGUGACACGUCGUAACUCCUACACAUAUACCGGGCAGAAGGUUAAAGUCAAAACGGUUAUACCACAUCCGCAUUACAACACUGUCAUAACCCAUGACAACGAUAUAGCGCUCUUUCAGCUUGCCACCAGAGUUGCUUUCCAUGAACAUUUAUUGCCGGUUUGUCUGCCACCACCCGGUAUUAAACUGAAGCCGGACCAACUGUGUACCGUAAUUGGUUGGGGGAAGCGCGACAAUAAAGAUCCAAAAUCUACAUACGAACCUAUAGUGAACGAAGUACAAGUACCUAUAAUUGGACGCCAGCAAUGUGAUUUAUGGCUUGACAAUCUAACAGUAUCCGAGGGUAUGAUAUGCGCGGGCUAUGAGGAAGGAGGAAAGGAUGCUUGUCAGGGUGACUCCGGCGGUCCACUACUCUGUCCUUAUCCGGGUGAAAAAGAUCGUUGGUUUGUUGGUGGCAUCGUUUCUUGGGGCAUAAUGUGUGCACAUCCUAAAUUACCCGGCGUUUAUGCCAAUGUCAUCAAAUAUGUACCGUGGAUACAUGAGCAAAUGGCGAAAUAUUCAAAACCUGAAAGUGACGAGAAACUCUCCAAAUACGAUGCUCAUCCCGGCGGGCCAGACAUAUUGUCGAAUAUAGCAACCGGACCGGUGCGUAGCAAAAGACCUUAUCACAAUCAGAAUCGUAGUCCAAUGGAUAUUGAUUACUAUGACAGUUAUAGGAGAAUUUAAGUUCAACAAGUUGAAAAUGAAAGCGUGGAAAAGAGUGAAAACUAAGUGUGAGAAAGACAUUUACAUACAUUUACAUUUACAUACAAACAUACCUACAUAAUUAGAGUAAAGUGUGUUGGAAGUUGCUGAUAAAUAGUGAGAAAGAAGACAAUAAUCUAAUAUAAUAUGCUGAGUGUGAAUAUACAAUACAUACCUAUAUAUUGAAAUUUUAUAGAUAAUAAAAA